UCCUGAUUAGCGGUACUCUAUAAAGUGACAGAAGCAAAACAACGAGAAGUCCCCAAACGUUUCAAUUCCCAAGUCAAGUUGAAGGUUGAAGAAUUGAAGCUCAACAUUAGCACUCAAUUCAGCCCAAUCGUUACCCAAUUUCUGUCCUUUAACUUAUACCCUUCCUUAUUCAAUCCAUGGGUGUCUUGGAAGCUCAUAAAGAGUAAAGAUAACGGCUUUUGUUUUAUUUAUAUCCUUCAAAUCUCAAUACCCUUUUGUCCAACAAGCCUAAAGUUUGUGUCUUGUCACUCUAUUCACCUUCUGUUCGUUCGUUCGUUUGGAAUUGCCGAGAAAAGAAGAUGCAACUUGAUCUGGAAUCAUUAUCCGAAGCUACUUCUGGUGCCAUUGGAUCACUUGUUAGUACCACCGUCUUGUACCCGCUUGAUACUUGCAAGACCAAAUAUCAAGCUGAAGUUCAAGCUCAGCAUCAGCGCAAAUACAAGAGAAUUUCUGAUGUAUUAUGGGAAGCAAUUUCUACUCGUCAGGUGCUUUCAUUGUACCAAGGCCUUGGGACUAAAAACGUUCAGUCCUUCAUUUCAUCGUUCAUUUAUUUCUAUGGAUACAGCUACUUUAGGAAGAUGUAUUUGAAAAAAACAGGAAACAAGUCCAUUGGAACAACAGCUAAUUUGAUUGUUGCCACUGCUGCUGGGGUCUGUACAAUAGUAAUAACACAGCCCUUAGAUACAGCAUCCUCAAGGAUGCAGACAAGUGAAUUUGGAAAAUCCAAGGGACUCUGGAAGACCCUUUCUGAGGGUACAUGGAGUGAAGCAUAUGACGGACUUGGCAUUUCCAUUCUUUUAACAACAAAUCCAUCUAUUCAGUAUACUGCAUACGAUCAGCUGAAACAGAGAAUAUUAAAGGGCAAGAUAAGCAACAGAACAGGUACAAAGUCAUCCCCGGAAGCACUUUCUGCAUUUUAUGCUUUCAUGCUUGGUGCAGUUUCAAAAUGUGCAGCGACCAUCUUGACAUACCCAGCUAUCAGGUGUAAGGUCAUGAUUCAGGCUGCUGAAUCUGAAGAUGAUAAGAGUACAGAAGCUGAGAGGAAGGCGCAGAGGACAAUCUCUGGAGCACUCUAUACUAUUUGGAAAAGAGAAGGUAUAUUGGGAUUUUUCAAAGGAUUGCAGGCACAGAUAUUGAAAACUGUUCUCAGCUCUGCGUUACUUCUGAUGGUGAAGGAGAAGAUUGCAAAGUCCACAUGGAUUCUAAUGCUUGUGAUUGGAAGAUACUUGUCUGUGAAUUCCCCCAAAUUGAAGGCAGUUUGAAUGUGUGAUGAGUAUAUAUUCUUAAAAAAUAAAGUUCACCAAAGAAUGUGCUAAAGUUGGUUUUGUCUGCUAUGGAGCAAAAUAAUGGCAGAUGCAAGAAGUCAGUGUUGCUGGCAAUUUAGAUUUUGUUUCUGAAGAAGGAAUUUAAAAAAUGAAAAUUCAGAUCAAUGGAGUCUGUCUCAUCUAAUAUGCUUUUCUUUCAUAAGACCUUAGCCUUGAAGUAUAAUUGUUAACCCAUUUCUCUGUUUUCUGUUAUCAGUUAGCACCACCAUGUUAUGCACCUCCAAUUGUACUUGUGAUUUGUAUCAUUUGGUAAA